CUCUAUUUCUGUCUUAAAGAUUCAUUAAUUUAUAAUUAAUGUGUGUGUAUAUAUAUGUAAGUAUAUGUAUACAAACUGAAUUAUCCCUUUUUAAAAUAUUAGACAUUCCAAUAAGCUACAGCAGGUGUUGGUUUUGCUAGGAAAUUAAUAAUCUCAUCAUCAAUGGAGUAUUGGUGGUUUGGUUCUAUGAAGAAUGGUUUAUUAUCUAUAAUGGUAUUGGUAAUCUUAUCAGCCAUGCAACUAGUUUCUUCGAGAGAUCAAAGGUUUCAUGAUGACAUCAAUCAUAGUAAUAUUGGCCAGAACAACUGUGACUUUUUUGAUGGGAGUUGGGUAAUGGAUAACUCAUCAUAUUCUCCUCUUUACAAUGAAAAUAGCUGCCCCUUCAUUGGUUUCAAUUGCCUGAAAAAUGGUAGACCAGAUAAAGACUACCUCAAAUAUAUAUGGAAACCCAACGCUUGUUAUCUUCCAAGGUUUAACGGUGGAGAUAUGUUGAAGAGAUACAGAGGAAAAAAGAUAAUGUUUGUUGGGGACUCACUUAGUAACAAUAUGUGGCAAUCACUCACAUGCAUGCUAUACACUUCAGUCCCAAAAACUAUAUACAACUUAACUCAGUCUGGCUGGCUUCACACAUUUUCAUUUCCGGAAUAUGAUGUGACAAUUAUGUUUCAGCAAAAUGGGUUUUUGGUAGAUAUGGUUGAAGAAAAAAUAGGAAGAGUGCUAAAGCUGGAUUCCAUCAGUGAUGGCAAUGGAUGGGAGAAAGUAGACAUGUUGAUCUUCAACACUUAUCAUUGGUGGACUCAUACUGGUAGCUUUAAAACAUGGGAUUAUUUUCAAGUGGGAGAUAAGAUAGUGAAAGAAAUGGAUCGUUUAGUGGCUUUCAAAAUAGCAUUAACAACAUGGGCUAAAUGGAUAGAUUCUAAUAUUGAUACUUCAAGGACUAGGGUGUUUUAUCAAGGAGUUUCAGCUGUUCACCUCAAUGGCAAUGAAUGGGGUGAUCCAAAGGCAAAGAAUUGCAAAGGACAAACUGAACCAAUUGAGGGGUCCAAGUACCCAGGCCCUACCCAUCCAGGUGAAGUCAUUGUAAAGAGUGUAACAAGCUCCCUUGGAAAGAAGGUCUAUUUGCUGGACAUUACAUUGCUUACACAGCUGAGAAAAGAUGGUCAUCCUUCAAUCUAUGCUACCACAAACAAGACAUUUGUGGACUGUAGUCACUGGUGCCUACCUGGUGUUCCUGAUGCUUGGAAUGAAAUUUUGUGUGCAGUUUUGCUCAGUAGUUAGAAUUUUCUUUAGGAAUACUGAGCAGACUGGACUAUAAAUCAAUUGUGGCACUUCACAAUUCAGCUCAUAAUUAAUUAUGCAGUGAAUUAGUUUGUCGUUUGUUCAAAUGCCAAUAAUUAAAAACUUAAAAUUGGUCUCGGUCUUGGUUGGAUUGAGAAUUAGAGAACAUAACACCUGCAAGGCAAGAACCGAAGAACAAUUCUUCACUUGUUUUCUUCUAGAUCAAGAAAAGUCAAUGAUAAAAAAGUAGGAGCAAGAUAAAAAUUUAAAACUCUAAGUAGCUUCUAGACGAUGACAUGAAAGGAUUAACAAUAUCCAAAACCACCCCAGAUUAUUUCUACUUUUGGUUCUUUAUUGGUCUAAACUUGAAAAAGUGUAGCAUCUAAAGCAUCGACUUUUCAUACCCCAGUAGUAAUUUCACAAACAUAAAUCUUUGUUCCUGAGUAAAUAAACUCAAUGCUGCUGUAAUAUUAACUGCAUAUCAAAAUACAAAUACAGGUAAGUAGCUGACACCUAUAAAAUAAGCAUCUUCUCGAAUAGGCUGAACAACGGAAGAAAAGAAAAUAGAAUGAUAAGAUAAACAUCUACAAACAGGACAUUUAUAAGCAAAAGGCCUCCGCAUGGUAAGCUGAAGCAUGAAACUCACGAUUACAGUAACCAAAAACACGAAGGUGUUGCGACUCAAGACUACAGUAUUGCUCAUUGGAUCUUGUUCUAGACUUGUUGCUUCAAAUCUAUCUUUGCUUCUGUAUUCUUUUGUCCUUUAUGGGC